AUUUCCUGUGUAGGUCCUAUACGUCCCUGACCCUGAUGCGGAAGUACCACUGAGUCCAGUCUUACAUUCACCAACAUCUCCUACUGUCAUGGAUGCAGAUCAACCGCCAAAGACAGUGGAUGUGCCAACCGUUGCCAUGAAGCCUAGGGAUGUGCCCACUGUCAGCCAAGCCCCACCCUCCUCAAAGAAAGGUCGCACCGGGACGGGGAGAUCUUUCUCCUUGCGCAGAUCGUUCACACGAGACCACAGUGAUCAGAAGAGCCGUCCCCCACUGCAGAAGGCCCAGAGCAUGCCACAGCCAGGCCAUGCAGUCAGGCAGAAGUCAGUGGAGUGGGAUUCGGAAGACAGUAGACAGUAUCUCAAGCUUGAUGUCAAGUACAUCACAGAUGGCGAGGGUGUUGUGAGUGGAACUAUGCUGGUCACACCAAAUGCUAUCAUGUUUGACCCAAAUGUGAGCGACCCCCUGGUCAAGGAUCGAGGUGCUGGACCCUAUGGGGUGAUGACCAAUAUGGACAUGGUUUUAGGAGCAUCAAUGUACCACGAUAUCAGUGCCAUGAACCUCAAAACAGAAUCCAGUUCUGAUAAAGAGAAACCGUGCUGUCCAGUAUAUGUGCCAGAUAAAGGAUCUGGACCAGAAGGAAUAAACAACUCAUCACAAGAGGGAAAGAAUGGCAUCUUCCUGGCUCAGGACAUCAGGAAGAGAUUGACUGGAUGCAGUAAUUACUCUCCGGAGAAACGCAAUGAUAAUCAUUCCAAAGACACAUCUCAAGAAGCUCCUGUAGAUGAGCAAUCAGCAGACAAGAGUGAAAGAACUGAGGAUGGGGAAAAAGGCAAUGGUGCCGAACUAGACAAUGUUACCAAAUUAAAAACAGUUAACAUGGAGGACUGUCAAAAACCAAAGGAGAGUGAAAAUGUUGUUGAUGAUGAUGCACAAGAUGAAGGGUUUGUUGGUGAUUCUCAGUGUGACAUCCAGAGAGAACAGAGUGAUAAUAAAGAAGUGAUAUGUCCAACGUCCAUGGGAUAUGAAAGAUUGCAGUCACCAUCAGAAAGUGAUCAAGGAAUGAAGAGGUUUUCUGACCAUGCUGCUGAGGAUGAACUCUCCACCAAAGCAGCAAAGAGAACAGAUAAUGGCAGUGAAGAUGAGAGUGGGGAUACAGUGGAAGGUAUGGAAGGAAAGGAGGGUGCUGAGGAAGUAGGAAUUUCAAGAAUGGAAUCUCAGGACUCUGAGAAGUCCUUGGAACCAGUGGACAAAGAAAUGGAUGAGCGGCUGCAGGAGAUUGAAAUGCUCCUUAACAGCAGUGACGAUAAGAUUGAGGAACCGGCUGCUUCUCCUGCCGAGACACCUGAUAGAGCAAAUGACUCUAAAUCUGAACAGGCCUGUGAAAAGGGUUCUUCAGACACUGAUCAUAGAACAAGUGUAGAUGAUGAAUGCCCUGCUAAGUGCAAAGACCCUGACAACUCACAGGAUACCAAAGAGGAAGUGGAAGACAAGCAGAACUUUGUAGACUUUUCAUCUGGGCUUUUUGUGACUGACUGCAGGAAGUGUUCCUUGGUGCCUGACCUCAAGGAAUGUAUCCAUGUCAAGGAUGAAGAAGUCCUCAAGGAGAUCAAGGAAGAAGGUGAGCUUAUACGUCAACUAUCUGAUGAUAAGUCCCCUGAUGAGGAUAAGCAAGAGGUCAAGGUCAAUGGAGAGUCCAACAACAACACCCCUGGUGCAGAGGAUGCUCCUGAUGGAGGUAUUGGAGAGAAGUCAGCAGGCAUCCCAGUCAACAAACCACCAACCAGAGAGCUGGAGUACAACAGGACCAAUUUCAGAGAAUUUUUGCCAAAGCGAGCUCAGGCAUAUGAGGACCCACCACUCUACCUCUGUCUGCGGACUAAGAAACCAAUGCAGAAGACCUUCUCAGCAAGACAAGAGCACCGGUUUAAGAAGAACAAGGUUCCAGAGUACUGGUUUGCUAUACCUAGAGUCAAGGCAGACAAUCUGUAUGCCUUUUUCCUUCAGUGGUCUCCGGACGUCUAUGGCAAGGAGGUGUCUCCGAGUGAACUUGGUUUUGUUGUGGUCCAGGAAUCGAAUGAGGAUGAGGAGAUUGAACUGAUCGAGGAUUUCUUUAAAGAACCAAUCCAUAAAGACUGGGAGAUUAUUAGCCGAGAAGAGGCAAGUAAACGUCGGAUGACCAUCUUAGAGUGUGAGAUGAACCUUCCUUUACCUGAGCUUGUUGGAGAGAGCAAUCUUCUUAGUAAUGAUCAUGUUAGAAAGCUUUCAAAGAACCUUCCUCCAAGGACGGAGGGGUACAGCUGGUUUCUAAUCUUUAGCACGGCUAGCCAUGGUUACAGUCUACACAGUCUAUACCGUAAUAUGGCUAAUUGGGAGAGCCCUAUACUUCUUAUACUCAGGGACUCGGAAGGACAUGUGUUUGGUGCUUUGACCUCCUGUGCUCUGAAAGUCAGUGAUCAUUACUAUGGCACUGGAGAGAGCUUCCUCUAUAAGUUCAAAGAUGAGGAGCUUGAAUUGUACAAGUGGACUGGUGAAAAUAACUUCUUUAUGAAGGGGGACCUGGACUGUGUGUGCAUUGGUGGAGGAGAGGGUGAUUUUGGGCUAUGGCUUGAUGGUGACCUGUACCAUGGUCGCAGUCAUCCCACCAAGACGUUUGCAAAUGAGAUUCUUUCAUCAAAAGAAGACUUCAUCAUUGCUGACAUGGAAGCAUGGGGCUUCAACAUGUGAUCAGCCAUUGCAGCACACUCUAUGCUCAUCACAACAUGCUAUCUGCCAUGGUCAUAACUCUAAUCAAGCUUAGCACUAGACUGGUGCUCUUUUAUUUAGAGAUAAACCUAGUGUGUAAUUGAGUAGACUAUGCAGUAAGAUGUGGGAAGCUUUCUCCUCUUCUGCACGGAUGUUGACUCGUUGAUAUGGAUAAAAUUAAGAUAGUGCCCUCAUCUGAGGGAAUUAUGCAGUUUACUUGCCAAACUUAAUAAUGUUGGACAACAUCUUCAGACAUGGACCUGACAUUUCUGUUUUCAAUAUGAACACUGGGCAUUUUGUCACACAGCAAAGGAACAUUGUCUCAACCUUGGACAAAGAUGUAAGCCAUUCACCUUCAUGUCCAUGAAAAGCAAUGUCAGAUAUCAGCAUCAACCAUGUCUACAUUAUCAGUUUACUGUAAAUAUCGAACAUUCUUAGAUCAUUUAAAAAGGGUUAUAAAGCACUAGGGCUGCACAAUAUGACAAUAGCGAGUUCUCGCAAUCGCGUUGGGGCUUCAGCCCCCACUUUUUUCCAAAACAGUGUACAAAGAAGACCAUUUAAUUGUGAUUUUUGCAUGGUCAGAUUACCCCCCCCCCCCCACUUUCAAAACUGUUCCACGGCCCCUGCUACCUACAAAGGAUCUUAACAUUUUCUUUAUUUACAUUAACAUUAUCAAAAUGGAAUUCCAUCCUGAAUCAACUUGGUUGUCAUAAAUAAUUAUAUAUCAAUGAGAAAGAAACAUCAAAGAGUUGGAGAAAAUCUGUUCAAUUUAUUUAAAGGAAAAUAAAUUUGGGACAUCAUAUGAGAGCAGUUAUAUAUGAUGUGCAGUAUACAUUCCAAUGUGAUUUACUAGUCAAUUGAAAAACGAUUUUUACCUGCGCAUUCAGUAUUAAAUCAAACAUUAUUUAAUACACACUUCCAUCAGUGAACUAUAUUUGAUCAACAUGUACCAGAAAGAAAUGAUAAUUUAUGGAAUGUGAGUGAGUUGCUCACAUGUGAUAUCACAAAAUAACAACUUUUUAUGUGGGGCUGUAUAUUGUUCUUCUUUGAUGGAAUUUUGUCAGCCUUCCUCAACAUGUUUCUCUCAUUUUCCCUUUUAAUGAAUUGUAAAGGGAUUCUCCUACUCUUACAAUAGGAAGUACAUGUAAGUUAUGUAACUAGUCCAUCCCUUUGAAUUUAUGAAUAGUUUUGAGAACAAUUAUCCCGUUAUGAACCAUAUCUGUAUGAUAGUGAUAAUGGCAUUCCUUUGUAUCCUUGUUUUGCUGAUUUAAUAGAGUCAGGCCUCUCAUGACCCUAGGGUGAUCUCACUCAUACAUGUAGCAUCAUUAGAUCUGACCUAAGCAUGAACAAAAUUUAGUUUUUUGAAUGGCAUUUCAAAGAUAAGAUCUCAGAGCAUCUAUUAACAUCAAAAUAUAGAUAAAAUAAUUUGAAACAAAUUUUUUAUAGACUUCAAAACUGUCCCGUGUUUUUUUUAUACGCACUGUAUAAUUCUUAAUGAGUUCCUAUUUCUGGGAAUAUUUUCAAUUGAUUUGUCUUGAUUUGCAAGUAUGUAAUAAGACAAUGUUGUUAGGAAACCAUUAAUUAUGAAGAGCUGUAAUAUGUAAGAGAAAUAGUUUUACAUUACUAUUACAUCGCAAAUCAAUAUGUUUACUGUUUAUAUAUGUAGCAGUUCGGCUAUAUUGGUUGUAACUAUUAUCUUUAUGAUAAUAAUAUGGACCAUUUAUAUAAUGCAGUUAUUAUAUUGAUUAAUAUACUCUACUGCCCUUGACACUUGAUGUCAUAUUAUUACCCGUCUAUAGCCGAGCCACCAUGUUAGAUGCUCAAGCAUUCAAGGCAUUUCUGGCAAUCAAAACCAUGUCGCUCAGAUUGAAAGACGAGAGUCGUAACCACUAGACCAUGACACCCUCCAACCUCCAUUAUCUUCAUAUGAAAAACUGCUAAUUAAAUUUGAGAAAAAUAUUUCCUGACUCUGAAUUCUGAAAGAAUAGAAAAUAUUUGUAUCUUGAAAUUAAUUCUGAAUAUGACCCCCAUGUAGAGUUUCUGCCUAGACAUGUUCCGUCAUUGUAUAAAAGAACUGAAUUGUUGAUGCAUAUUGAUGUAAAUGAAAUCCUGUUUGUUAUCGAUGAUUCCAUGUAGAUUCAUCCAAAUGGAUGUGUUCAUUUUGAGAAUAGUAAAAAUUCCAGGUCCUUUAUUAUGAGUAGUGCUAUUUGUAUGUAGAAGCUCAUUUAGAAUUAUUAACUUAUUCAUAUUUUGGACAUGCUUAACUCUACGCUGUUGUAUAUCUUAGCCAGUGAUUUUUAUAAUGUGCAAUUUUAUUUGUGUUGUGUUGAUUAAACAUUUGAUUUUAAUUUUUAUAUCCCAAUUAUUUGUGUGUAGAUAAUAAUUCAUGAAGGGUAAGAAUAUCAGUCACGGAGCUUAUGUUCUUUUGGCAAUUGGGAUGUGAUAACCAUUUAGUCACUUCUAGAAAGACUUAAACUAUGAUGAGUUUUAUGCAGUUUAAAAUCAUUCCUUGUUUUUUUAUUCCUAUGAAUAUUUGGAUUUGAAAAGAAAAUAUUUCCAAACAGUUUACACCCUUUUUAAAUCAGUAAAUCAUUUUCAUCCUUUACCAGGAAUCCAGGAUUUCUUGUGUAUAAGAUUUGAUUGUAAUUCAUACUUUUUUUCUUCAGAAUUUUACUUUUCUUGUUACAUGUAACUCAUCACCAAAACAAAUCCUCGAUAAACUCAAGCAAUUCUUUAAAUGCUGUUAUCUACUUCAACAUAAUUUUGUGCAGUAACUUCAUGACAUUAUUCAUCUCACCAUUUUGUUAUCACCUCAUAAUUAUUUGAUUCAGUAGUAUUUUUUAUGAGCUUCAUUUUGUUCAUGGUUUGUCCUUUAUAUGGAUAUAUAUUUUGUGCUAUGAUUUGCUCUUUUGCAGCUACAAUUCAUAUAUAUUAGAGAAUUUUGCUCCAUAGGUGAAGCUUGCAACGAUUAUAUUUGUAUAGAAGCACUUCAUUUUUCCUUUAUUGAAUGUAUAAACCUUUUUAACACAUACAUAAUGAUUCAGAAAAAUGUUGAAUAUUACCCUAAAUUUACUCUAGUUAUUUACUUUGAAUAUAACAAGGAAUGUAACCAUAAAAGUUUAAGGUAUCUUUUGUGAUUUGAGUAUGUUGACCUCCUCCCUGAUAUCCUAAUGUACAUUUGAAAUGUAAAUGGCUGAGGUCAAAUAGAAGAUUUAUGUCCUAAUCUAGUGCUAUAUAUAAUUGAGAUUACACAUUGUAUUGUCACUUCCACUUCUAUGAAAAAGGUGAUAUGAGAAAAUGUGUUUUUUGUAUUUUUAUGUACUUUGAAGAUUUCCAAAGCCAAAACUACUUAGCGAGUUCUAGAGAGUUGUAUCAGUUCCUUGUCAUGGAGAACACAGAGAUGUUUAUAUUAAGAGAUAAUUUGUAUUGAGUUGUUUAUUAGCUCCCAAUAGUAUUUCAUGAAAGCCACUGGCCUAUUACCAGUACAUUGACAUGUAUUGUUAUGAAUGUUAUUAUAUAGUGUAAUAAAAGACAAACUCAAUUCAUGUGCAAGAA